CUUAUUUAGUAACGCCUCGUUAUCGCAAUUUUCUUGAAGAGCGCCCUCUUUACAUGUGGCUUCUGUGCUAGUGCGAACCCUCGAGAAAACCGCCAAAAUGCAGAACGAAGCCGGUGAAUACGUGGAUUUGUACAUCCCCCGUAAAUGCUCUGCAAGCAACAGAAUCAUUGCAGCCAAGGACCAUGCAUCAGUCCAACUCAACAUAGCUGAGGUUGACCCCACAACUGGUCUGUACACCGGCAGCUUCAAGACCUACGCCGUGUGUGGCCCCAUCAGAAGAAUGGGUGAAUCUGAUGACAGCCUCAUCAGGUUGGCGCAAGCCGACAAUCUGGUGGCCAAGAACUUCAACCAGUAUUAGCUGAUGUUCUUCAGGCAAUUCGCAGCUGAGAUUAUGCAUCGAGUCAGGAGAAAGAACUGAGCCCAGAGAGUGUUGACGUCAGAUCUCUCAAGAACCCAUUUUAGAAAUUUCUUUACCAUAAGCCCUCGUUCAGACAUUAAAGCCAAGCGUAAUAUUUGAUCGACCGUUUGGCACUUUCCAAAAUGUCACAACCUUAUCAAAAGUUAGACAUGGAGGAACAGUGUAGUCCAUUUGCUAUUCUGAAAAUUGGUUAAUCUAAAGACAAAUAAUGAGUUCUGUGCUUGUUGGCUGUUUGACGAUGAAUAAAUACAAUCUCAGUUGGGAAAUGUA